CCUCAGACGGAGAGGAGGGUGGGCCCUCACGCCCGUGGUAGGAGGAGGAUUAAGUAUUACGUUCCCCUUGUUGCAAGAGUCAAAUGGGGAGUGGCAAGGGGUCUCUUCGAAAGACGGGGCAUAAUUCCUCUUUGAUGAGAGCUUAUCGAGCCAUCACUUGGCCAAUAACAGCCGGACAGUUGUAUCUAUUAAUGCAACCAGUGACGUUCGUAUUUAUGACCACGAUAAGGCUGCAAUUUCAUGGCAUCGUGCCCCAAGCCCCACUGCCCUCAACCCGUCCUGACCUAUUUUAAAAUGAGGCCUUUGAUGGAUUUAGAACGAAGCACACCCAACAUUUAAAAGACGAAUGCAAUAAAAAUCUCUUGGCAAAACGAUGUUCCAACUUAGUUAGUGGUAAACGUUUCCCAGGAAACGUUUCGAGCAAUCGUUGGCGAUCGUUGGUUGCGGAUCCCUGUCUGUUUAUCUCCCGGUAUCUAUUUUAGUUCCCAGGAAUCGAAAUGCUGGUGGCAACUGGUAACGGACUGAGUGCACAACACUGCCCAAAAAGCAUGACGGGAAAGUUGAUGCUUGUGAAAUGCAAGAAACACUGAUUUAUAAAUUAGUGAAACUAACCUGAGUGCGCUGCCCGAGCAACCAACCCUGCCGCAUUCUUCGGAGCAUUGUUCAUAGCACUAGCAGAUGACUCAACGUCUUGGCAGCCAUUUUCUAGGAGCCGUUUUAGGGCUCCGGCCAUCAAGGGAAAAGCGUCCCCAGCUGCCUCUGUCAGAGGGGUGCUUUCUCAGUUCCUCCGCUCCUCUCUCUUCUUCCCCCCAGCCUCCCCCCCUAGAGCUGGCGCCGAGGGCUCGUGGUGGACUCCUGUGCCACAUUGGACACAGUCUCGUUCGGAGGUGGUGGUGGUGGUAGGCGACGAAGGUUCGCUGGUUGUGAAGCUGCUGUGUAGUGCCUCUGCUACCGUACCUCUGGUAGCCAGCCCUUCAGGAGGGAGAGAGAGAGAGAGUGAGUGACAGAGAUAGAAGGGGUCAGCAGCGGCGCCUCCUCCUCCUCCUCCUCCGCCAUUCUCUUGCCCCAACGCCUUUUUGCAGGCCGCCCACUCGAGUGUGUCUCUCUAUUACAGGCACCACCACCAGCAGCCGUGGCAGCAGCAGCAGGAGCCGUUCUUUAGCCUCUCUGCCAUUCCCACCUUCGCGCCCUUCUUCAUCGCCGCCGCUGCCGCCGUCUUCGUCGUCUCUCCAUUAUAAAAAGGUGUCAUCAUGGAUGUUCCAGAAUACAGGAGGCCUAUAAAGGUCAACCGGUAUUGGAACAGACCUAAGCCUAGGGUCUAUGAGUGUAAUUUAAGGGAUGCUGAGCGCAUGUACCAAGACAACUACAAGGUUUAUCUCGCCGAGAAGGAUUACAGGCUCCGAGGUCCCAGGGACUGGUCUGAGGACAAGCUUGACCGAUUCGCACACCUGCGAGCGGGGCCUCUCCGUCGGGAGCAGUCCCUUCAGCCUUUCUCGAGCCGCCAUGAGACUUCCUCUACCGUCGAGGGAAUUCUCACGAGGGCCUCUCUCGCUCGAGAGACUUCGGAAGAGCUCCCCGCCACCUUGAAAAUCGAAUCCAAACCGGUCCCCGCUUAUGACCCUCAGAAGGAGACUCAGAGCCUGGAGGAACGCCUCGCUAGGCUCAAGAGGCUGAGGGAGGAUCUCGGACUCCCACAGGACGCCGAGGCCUCGAGAAACACCCUCCGAGACUCAAUGUCUCGCACCCUCGCCAACGACACGGACAGUUCCUACAAGUCCGAAAGGACAUCUCGCUACAGGUCAGCCGCUGCAUCCGGAGCAACCAGUGACGAGUCCUCUUACAGCUUCAAGUCGGAAAGGUCAGCUAAGGUCAAUGGCAUCGGAGCUUCCUCCUCGUCAAUCGACGAUUACAAACGAACCCCAACUUUCGAAAGGAAGCGAGUGGAACUCGACGUUACCCCCAAGAUGGAGCGAAAGACCUUCUCCGCCAGGAAGGACUUGGACGACGACUUCUCGGCGUCCAAGACCGAAAAAAAAACGGAACGGUACUCCAAACUGUCAGCGACAACUGCGUCCUCCAGUAGCCCCGUCAGGAGCAGGAAGGUCAUUACCGCUACGGAAAAGCUGGACCUGGAUGAUGAGGUGGACGAUGCCACCCUGGCCAAGAUGAUGAAGAAGCUACCAUCAUCUCAGGAGAUUCUGGAACGAAUCAGUAAAAUGGAUCUGGAUGACUGACUAGAUACACUGAUUGACGGACAACCUUGAACCGGGCAUAAUUAGUUGUUUACACUGAUAGCUGCUGCAGUAUAUGACGCAGAAAUAGAAAUAAAUGAGUGGUGGCGUACUGACAGACUCAUUUGGUAUUUUAGCGAAGAGGAGCAAACAUCCGUGGACACUGAAAACCAUAGUACUUCUAAAAAAUAAUAUUCCAGAACGAAAAUUCCAUCCGUUGGCAUUGUAACAAAAAAAAAAUAGUUUUCAGAACAAAGUUACAGUUAUUCAGUAAAACGAGGUUGUUCGUCAAUCAGUAUGGUAGUUGUUUUAUUGGACAAUUUAUUGCAUUGGUAGGAGAGUUUAAUCCUGGGAGUGAAUUUUACCACCACCUAAAUCUGAAACCAUUCUUAACUUUCAAGUUCUCACAAAUCAACUGUCCACAAGUUUUGCAGUGCAACGGAGUGAAGUAUUAUUCCAUGAUGACAAAUCAAUUCGUUUUUUAGAUGCGUGAACUUUUUUUUUCUUUUUUGUAAAGCCUCUUUAUAAGCGAGGAAGGCAAAUGUGGAAUCUUUAUACUUUUUUAUACAAGUGGCUUGUGAAAUAACCAAUUUCCCUCACCCUCACAACCCUCCCCCCACGAGCAACCUAGUGAUAAACCGGACCUUGAAUUAUAUGGACAAAAAGACUUUGAUAU